AUGUCUAGAAUGAAACGUAUUGUGAAAGAAUUGGACGAUGUCCAGAAAGAUACUGAAGCCUCGAUAACCCUUAAUCUGGUUCAAGAAGAUGAUUUAAGUCAUCUCAAGGGUACUUUUAUUGGACCACCAGAUACCCCAUAUGCAGGAGGUAAAUUUGUCGUUGAUAUCAAAAUUCCAAAUGAAUACCCUUUCAAACCACCAAUUAUGAAAUUUGACACCAAAGUUUAUCAUCCAAAUAUUUCAUCAGUCACAGGUGCAAUUUGUUUAGAUAUUUUGAAAGAUGCUUGGACACCAAUCUUGACAAUAAAGUCAUCAUUAAUUUCGUUACAGUCAUUAUUUCAAUCACCAGAACCAAAUGAUCCACAAGAUGCUGAAGUUGCUAAGCAUUAUAUAUCCGAUAGAAAUGGAUUCACCAAUACUGCUAAAUAUUGGACUCAAAUAUAUGCUUCUGAUAGCGAUUCAAAGAAUGUUAGCGAUGCCGAGUUAUAUGGUAUUGAUGAAGCAACAGUUAAAAAUUUUGAAAAUAUGGGAUUCCCAAGGGAUAAGAUUAUUGAAGUUUUAAGAAGAUUAGGUUUGAAGAAAAUCGAGUCUGGUGAACCAAGAACUGAAAAUAGAGUGAUUGAAGAAUUGCUUAAAUAG